AUGACACCUGAAAAAGAGCUGAUAAGGUUUGAUAAAGGCUUGAUCAUUCCCAGUCCCAACCCUUUCCCUAGUUACAACCCCAGUCCCAACCCUUUCCCUAGUUACAACCCCAGUCCCAACCCUUAUCCUAGUUACAGCCCCAGUCCCAACCCUUUCCCUAGUUACAACCCCAGCCCCAACCCUUUCCCUAGUUACAACCCCAGUCCCAACCCUAUCCCUAGUUACAGCCCCAGUCCCAACCCUAUCCCUAGUUACAGCCCCAGUCCCAACCCUAUCCCUAGUUACAACCCCAGUCCCAACCCUUAUCCUAGUUACAGCCCCAGUCCCAACCCUUUUCCUAGUUACAACCCCAGUCCCAACCCUUUCCCUAGUUACAACCCCAGUCCCAACCCUUUCCCUAGUUACAGCCCCAGUCCCAACCCUUUCCCUAGUUACAACCCCUGUCCCAACCCUUUCCCUAGUUACAGCCCCAGUCCCAACCCUUUCCCUAGUUACAACCCCAGUCCCAACCCUUUCCCUAGUGACAACCCCAGUCCCAACUCUUUCACUAGUGACAACCCCAGUCCCAACCCUUUCCCUAGUGACAACCCUAGUCCCAACCCUUUCCCUAGUUACAACCCCAGUCCCAACCCUUUCCCUAGUUACAACCCCAGUCCCAACCCUUUCCCUAGUUACAGCCCCAGUCCCAACACUUUCCCAAGUUUACAGCCCCAGUCCCAACACUUCCCCUAUGAUGGGUCUUUUCCCUAUGACUCAGUACCAUGGCAACAGAACACCAACCAGCCGCCGGGUUCUCUCUCCGUGGUAACGACCGUCUGGGGUGUGGCCAACACCUCGCAGAGUCAGGUGUUGGCAAACCACAUGGCUAACAGCGGUAACCCCAUGAUCCCUGGUGGUAACCCCAUGGGUCAGGGGGGUAUGUCUGGGAACAACCAGGGGAUGAACUCACCCCAGUACCCAGGCCAGCAGCAGCAGUUCCCCAACAAGGGCCAGCAGAACCAGGCUUACAUGCAGCAGGACCUGUACGGACGCCAGGGCUACCCCGGGGGAGGAGGAGGCUUCGGGGGGAAUUACCCUGGAGGUCCUAUCUCUGGUCCUGGUGGCGUGGGCAUGCCCCCCCACUCUCGUCCCCCUAGCGACUUCACCCAACCUGCUGCUGCCGCCGCAGCCGCAGCCGUCGCCGCGGCAGCCGCCACUGCUACCGCCACUGCCACGGCAACUGUUGCCGCCAUGCAGCAGGACACUCAAAACAAGGACAUGAACCAGUAUGGACCGAUGACUUCGUCGUUCCAGAUGGGGCCCAGCCAGGCUUACCAGAACCAAUUCAUGAACCAGGGGCCAGGGGGCCCCAGGGGCCCUUCAUCCCUCCCAGGGAACAUGGGCCCCGGUCCGGGCAUGAACCCCUCCAACAUGGUCUCCUCCCACAUGGGAAUGAACCAUCCCCGGCCCCAGGGGAUGGUGCCAUUUGGAGGCCACGUUGCCCAGAGAAUACCCCAGCAGGGAUACCCAGGAUCCAGGCCUCAGGGUAUGGGCAUGCAGGGUGUGAAGAGACCCUACCCUGGAGAGCCUAACUACGGAGGGCAGCAGUAUGGUCCAGGACCGAACGGCCAAGGGUUCCCCCAGCAGCAGAACCAGUACCCCACCCACACCCCCAACCCCUCCAGGCCACUCCCGUCCCCUAACUACCCAGGCCAGAGAAUGCCUAGUGGGCAGCAGAUCCAGGGCCAUUACCCCCCUCCUGGAGGGGCCAUGGGACAGUACUACAAGCAAGAGCCUUUCAACGGUCAAAGUAACAACUUCUCUGGGAGUGGAUAUCAGUACAGCCAAGGCCAUAUGAAUGGGCCUCCUCGACCGGUGGGUUACUACCCCCACUCCCCGGUGCAUGGCAACCCGACCCCGCCCAUGACCCCAGGAAGUAGUAUCCCUCCCUACAUGUCUCCAAAUCGUGACGUCAAGCCCCCCUUCCCUCCAGACAUCAAACCAAAUAUCACCGCUCUUCCUCCUCCUCCAGCAAACCCCAACGAGGAGCUGCGUCUUACCUUCCCGGUGAGGGACGGGGUGGUCCUAGAGCCCUUCAGACUGGAGCACAAUUUGGCCGUCAGUAACCAUGUCUUCCACCUCCGCCCCUCCGUACACCAGACCCUCGUGUGGAGGUCAGAUCUGGAGUUGCAGUUUAAAUGUUACCAUCACGAGGACCGACAAAUGAACACCAACUGGCCUGCCUCGGUCCAGGUCAGUGUUAACGCCACGCCCCUCACCAUCGAGCGCGGCGACAACAAGACGUCCCACAAGCCCCUGCACCUGAAACAAGUCUGCCAACCAGGAAGGAACACCAUCCAGAUCACAGUUACCGCCUGCUGCUGUUCUCACCUGUUUGUACUGCAGCUGGUCCACAGACCCUCUGUACGAUCCGUCCUGCAAGGCUUACUGAAGAAGAGGUUACUGCCUGCAGAGCACUGCAUCACCAAAGUUAAGAGAAACUUCAGCAGCGUAGCGGCGUCCUCUGGGAACACCACUCUGAACGGCGAGGACGGUGUUGAACAGACGGCCAUCAAGGUCUCCCUCAAAUGUCCAAUCACCUUCCGGCGGCUCCAACUUCCAGCCAGAGGUCAUGACUGUAAACAUGUCCAGUGCUUUGAUUUGGAAUCCUACUUACAGUUGAACUGUGAGCGAGGAACGUGGCGAUGUCCAGUAUGCAAUAAAACAGCGUUGCUAGAGGGACUAGAAGUUGACCAGUACAUGUGGGGGAUUCUUAAUGCCAUCCAAAACUCGGAGUUUGAGGAGGUGACCAUAGACCCUUCAUGUAGUUGGAGACCUGUGGCCAUCAAGUCUGCUAUCCACAUCAAGGAGGAUCCAGAUGGACCCAUGGCCAAGAGGUUCAAGACCAUGAGCCCCACCCAGAUGACCCUGCCCAACGUGAUGGAGAUGAUCGCCCUGCUCGGCCCAGGGCCCUCGCCCUACCCGCCCCAACAGGGGGGCAACAACAGCGAAUACGGAAGCCAUGGUAACAGUUACCAGGGCCACAGCGGGGGCUUUGACUUCCCCCAUGGGAACCCCGGUGGUACAACCAUGAACGACUUCAUGCACGGCCCCGUUCUGUCCCACCCGCCAAACAUGGCACAGGACAAACCCCUCACACACAGCAUGCCUGACUCUAUACCUCAUCCUACCAUCACUGACCAGUCCCACAACUUGUUACAGCAUAGCCUACACGCCCAAUCUCACCCCGGCAGCCAAUCGGGACAGCCGUUGCAUCACAGUGGACCUCCUCAGCCGUCACGACAACAGGCUCCGCCCCCACAGCAACAACAGCCCGGCCCUAACAAUCACCCUCUGCAGCACGGUGACCCCUUAGAGGGACUGGGUGGAGGGCUCCCAGAUAUGCCCGAACCUUCCUUGGAUCUCCUUCCAGAGCUGGCUAACCCAGAUGACUUGUUGUCUUACCUGGAUCCUCCAGACCUCCCGAGCAGUAGCAACGAUGACCUUCUCUCGCUCUUCGAAAACAACUGACUCUGAUUCUAGAUCAGUUCAUUUUAAAAAAUGUAUUAAAGAAAACACUUAUAGGACUGCCUGGAGUUGGACCUAUAACAUCUGACCUGAGACCUGCUCCAGUACUUGACAAACACAAAGAUGCACUCCCUUUCUCCUUUUCCCCUUGUACAGUUUGCAUUGAUUCUCCAGCAGACUGACUGACAGACUGACUGAUUGACUGAACAAUGUUUUAAAACUCAAAAAGACAUAGCAGGACAGGGUAGGGCAGUGAGUGAUGUCUGCCUCCCUGCAGCGCCCCCAUGUGACCAUCGAUGAUACCAGCUAUCUGAUAUUCAGUUCAUUUUGUAUGCCACCAGUGUCUGUGUGCACAUUUAGGAAAGUGUUGAUGUGUUUUUUAAAAUUCAUAUUUUGUUUCCUUUUAAAGAAAAUAAAAGAGGAAUUCAUUAAAUAUAUAAGGGGGGGAAAAAACAAAAUGUCCUGCACUAUCUGGCCAGUGUGUGUAAUGUCCACGUUAUUGUUUCACCUUAUAAGACUCAGCGUCUCAGCUUCCUGUUGUCCCAAACGUUGUCACAGUUACUGUUCCCGGGACUGGUUACUACGUAUCACUGUCUGUCUGUCUGUCUGUCUUGUCUGUCUGUCUGUCUGUCUGUCUGUCUGUCUGUCUGUCUGUCUGUCUGUCUGUCUGUCUGUCUGUCUGUCUGUCUGUCUGUCUGUCUGUCUGUCUGUCUGUCUGUCUGUCUGUCUGUCUGUCUGUCUGUCUGUCUGUCUGUCUGUCUGUCUGUCUGUCUGUCUGUCUGCCACUGCACGUCAUGUGAAAGCACAAGAUAUAACAACACAUACAUCUCAAAGGAACAAAACACAUUUAAAGUGACAUCUUUGUCUAACACUAGUACCAUAACAUUUACGAGAAAUUUGCGAAGAUUUUUUUUGGGGGGGGGUGUUCAACAGCUUCCACUUUAGUUUCGACAACAACGAAAAAAGAAAACAAACAUUUUGGUUCAAGUUUUUUUUGUUUUUGUUUUCUUUUGGGAAGUGGAGAGGAAGGAAUCUUCCCUUCUUCUUUUGAAAAUAAAGAGCGAUGGAGGAAACCAAGUGGAGAGGAAGGAAUCUUCCCUUCUUCUUUUGAAAAUAAAGAGCGAUGGAGGAAACCAAGUGGAGAGGAAGGAAUCUUCCCUUCUUCUUUUGAAAAUAAAGAGCGAUGGAGGAAACCAAGUGGAGAGGAAGGAAUCUUCCCUUCUUCUUUUGAAAAUAAAGAGCGAUGGAGGGAACCAAGUGGAGAGGAAGGAAUCUUCCCUUCUUCUUUUGAAAAUAAAGAGCGAUGGAGAGGAAGGAAUCUUCCCUUCUUCUUUUGAAAAUAAAGAGCGAUGGAGGAAACCAAGUGGAGGGAGAAGGCGGAGCCGCGGGGGGGUUGGAAAUUGGCAAUCAUCCUCUUCUAGGAGAGAGAGUCAACCCUACAACAUAGACAUUUAGAAUCUCCAAUCAGAGAAAUACAUUUUCGUACUGUGAUCUUGUUUCUUUAUUAUCCUGGCCAGAGUAGAGUCACAAAUUGAUUGAUUAAUUGAUAGUCAUCAAUGGUAAAGGGAAGCAGACGUGGGAGGAUGAUGUUUGUUACCAGGGUUUGGGUCAAUUUGAAUUGAAGGCAGUCAAUUCAGGAAGUUAACUAAAAUUCCAAUUUAAUCUUUAAUUCCAAUUAAAUAAUUAAAAUAGGGCAUAUAUUUUAAAUUACUCUCAAUUAGCUGAAAAAGGAGAAGCUAUUUAACUAUGUCAACAUAUCACUUCCAGAAUUGAUUGACUUCAAUUUGAAUUGUUCCCAACCCUGUGGGUUACUAUUUGAGUUUCCUGUCAGGCCGAUAUCAAGCCAGUUAGAGCUCCUAUCUUAUCCGUCUUUCUUCUGUGCAUGCGCCCCCUGGUGUUGCUCCUCUCAUCAUUAUGUCUUCUCUGCGUGCACCGCCUGGUGUUGCUCCUCUCAUCAUUCUGUCUUCUGUGCAUGCACCACCUGGUGUUGCUCCUCUCAUCAUUCUGUCUUCUCUGCAUGCACCGCCUGGUGUUGCUCCUCUCAUCAUUCUGUCGUCUGUGCAUGCACCGCCUGGUGUUGCUCCUCUCAUCAUUCUGUCUUCUCUGCAUGCACCGCCUGGUGUUGCUCCUCUCAUCAUUAUGUCUUCUGUGCAUGCACCGCCUGGUGUUGCUCCUCUCAUCAUUCUGUCCUCUGUGCAUGCACCGCCUGGUGUUGCUCCUCUCAUCAUUCUGUCCUCUGUGCAUGCACCGCCUGGUGUUGCUCCUCUCAUCAUUCUGUCCUCUGUGCAUGCACCGCCUGGUGUUGCUCCUCUCAUCAUUCUGUCCUCUGUGCAUGCACUGCCUGGUGUUGCUCCUCUCAUCAUUCUGUCCUCUGUGCAUGCACCGCCUGGUGUUGCUCCUCUUCCCAUUUUACAGAGCUGCGUCUCUAGCUCUCCCAGUUGAAUUCUGUUAUUAGUAAUAAUAAUAAAAAGUGCCAGGUGCCAGGCCCUUGUCUGGGGGGGUGUUCUCCCUGUAGUAAAGAUAGUGUGUGACUGAAAUAGCACGCUGUUCACUGUAUAGUGCACUACUUUUGAGGGUACUAAGGUACCAUUCCUGAGAAAUGUAUGGUGUGCUUUUUAAAGUUGCUGUUACCACCGCUUUCUGUCUUUCUGUGAGUCUUUUAUUCAACAGUAAUAUUGGAUGGGAUAGUGCUGUUAUCACACUGUUAUUAUGGGUUGAAAUUGGCUUUCGUUUUGUUUCUACUAGCUUUUUGUUGCUGGAAAUUGUGACUUCAUCAAACAUUGUGAAAAUUCUUAGCAUAACCAAAGAGGGAUUGGGAAGUGUGUGUGUGCGUAUGUGCGUGUGCGUAUGUGUGCGUGCGUGUGUGCUUGUGUGUGUGCUUGCGUGUGUGUGUGUGUGUGUGUGCGCGUGUGUAUGUGUGUGUGUGGUGUGUGUGUGUGUGUGUGUGUGUGUGUGUGUGUGUGUGUGUGUGUGUGUGUGUGUGUGUGUGUGUGUGUGUGUGUGUGUGUGUGUGUGUGUGUGCUGGUAGUUAUCCUUCAUUUCAAAGAUAUGGAGGAAAACUAGCAGGGAUCAUCCGUCAGUCACCACUGUUGUAACGAACGCAGUACUGGAGCUGAAAGUCACGUUUGUUUUCAAGUUCACUUCAUGACAAGAGUGUUGUUGAGUAUGCAAAUGUAUUAUUUUUAAAGAAAAGCUAUUGUAAAUAUAAUUUGUGAAUAUUUUUGUAUCAUCUUGAUAAUUCUUUGUCCUUUUACGUUAAUUAGUCAAAGUCCAACUGAUCUCAUCCUCCCGAAACAAACCCAACACUGACUGGGGUUGGGUCUCAAAUUGCACCCUAUUCCCUUUAUAGUAGUGUUGCCAUGAUGCCAGUAUCGCGAUUCUACGACAUCGGAUUUUCCUUGGUAAAUAACACGAUAUAUUGUGUUAACAGCUUCAAAAUAAGACUGUCAUUAUUAGGACUGUUUUCGUCAAAGACAUCGAGUCUCCUUCGUGUUUUGUCUCCUUUGCUUCCUUACUUCCUAGUAUCGCGACACGUCUAGUAUCGCGGCACGUCUAGUAUCGCGACACGUCUAGUAUCGCGACACGUCUGGUAUUGCGACACGUCUAGUAUCGCGACACGUCUAGUAUCGCGACACGUCUAGUAUCGCGACACGUCUAGUAACGCGACACGUCUGGUAUCGCGACACGUAGUAUCAUGACAAAACUACUAUAUACUGUAAAACUGCUAUACACUUGACCAGGGCCAAUAGGGAAACUCAUAGAGCUCCGGUCAAAAGAAAUGCACGACAUCUUCUGUCUCCUCUCAUAGGUGAACCUAAUCCCCUCCAAAUGUCUCAUUGUCAGCUACAUACUGCAGACAUCUCUCUCUCUGUGGUGGUCCAUCCAGUUUAACAGAUAUCUCUCUCUCUCUGUGGUGGUCCGUCCACUUUAACAGAUAUCUCUCUCUCUGUGGUGGUCCGUCCACUUUAACAGAUAUCUCUGUCUGUGGUGGUCCAUCCAGUUUAACAGAUAUCUCUCUCUCUCUGUGGUGGUCCGUCCACUUUAACAGAUAUCUCUCUCUCUGUGGUGGUCCGUCCACUUUAACAGAUAUCUCUGUCUGUGGUGGUCCGUCCACUUUAACAGAUAUCUCUCUCUGUGGUGGUCCGUCCACUUUAACAGAUAUCUCUCUCUGUGGUGGUCCGUCCACUUUAACAGAUAUCUCUCUCUCUCUGUGUGUGAUCUGUCAUAACGAACCCCAGUGGACCCAUUGUAGAAUCCACUGUGUUCCUAGACAGCAACUGUCCUGCAGCUUCUCUUUCUGUCGUAAGGCUUUGUCCCAAAUACGCUCCGUUUUGGGAUGUAGAUUCUCUCUGUCUGCCACCUUCUUCGUCCCUGGUGUCAUUAAUAACAGACUAGUCAGGCCUUCUUUUUAUUUUUAUAAUUUUUUUAGAUACAAAUUUAAAUAAAAUGUAUCAAGUGUGAUAAAGCAAUAUUCACAGAUCUUCUUUUGUGCUCAAAUGUUGUAGAGUAAAAUUUGUGUAUUUUUCGUAAACUAACAUUCACAUUUUUAGGUUAAGAAUGGACAAUAAUGAUUCACAAAAACUGUGAUAGCUAUCCACUAUCCACUAUCAGAGAACUAUGUGAAUAUCAGAAUUGUUGCUAAUUAUUGUCAAUAUACAAGUGGUAUUUUAAAGAUACCACAGCCUUAUGUUAAAGAAAUGUUUGACAUUGUUUUUAUUUUUGUUAUUGAAAAUGUGUUUUUUUAAAGCUUAAAGACCAUUUACAUUUUGUUUCCCAUUUUAAAUGCUGUUUGUUUUUUUGGAAGGGGGGUAAAUUAUUUCGUAUUGUUUUUAUUUUAUUUGAAAUGUAAAGUUAGACAUAUAAUUUAAUUUAACUGUAGCAAUGUACUGAUUAAAACAUCCUGGUUAUUGUAAAACCUAACAUUUUAAACUUCAUUAUUGCUCUAGAAAUAGUUACAGUGCAAGAGAUAUUUCGAUAGAAUAGCUGAUAUUAAUGUGUAAAGCCUGUCACUUAAAUCAUGAAAUCAAUUGAUCUUCUUCAAUCUUCUUGACAAAGGACUGCCAACAGCAACUUUUUUUUAAUUUUUUUUAUUGAUAUCAGAAUUGAAACCUAAACUUGAUCGUUCCCACGGCGAUCGUUCCCACGGCGAUCGUUCCCACGGCGAUACCUAGCUCUGGUCCCGGGGUGUGUUUCCAGAGCUAGGAGAUGCAUAGCUAUCAUUUCACAUUUUGCCAUGUUUACAUAUGAACAGGUUUGUGUAGAGGGCAACCUAAAUCUGUAACAAUCAUCCCGGAAGUAUAGUGUUUCUGUGGAAAAUACAGUUUCAAAAAAAAGGGAAAAAAAAAAUACAAAACUGAGAGGCGGCGCACCACCCGUUUAGGCUUUUAGAGUAGGAUCUGCAUGGGAGAGUGCUAAAGUGGAUAUCUGUUGGCCCUAAGAUAAACCUGUACACAAUGUAAAUGAAUAGAGACACUUUGUGAAUGAAAAAUUUGUUCAUUUUCCCUGCGAAUGUGUAAAAAAAAAUCUGAAUAUGAAGAAGGUAGGCCUGACUUACGGGAAAAUGAAAAACGUGUUAGUUAUGCUGGUCUGUAUGAAAAAUCUUUUCUUGACAUUUUUUUUGUGACCCUUCUCUGUAAUUUGACCUCUUUUGUUACUUAAGUGGGACUGGGACAGCUAUGUUUGACCUACAUGUUAAUAAUUAGCUUCCGUGUACUAGUCAAUCACCUGAGUAUCUGAGGUGCUACAACUGUAAAGAAAAGAAGAAGAGAAUAUUGAGGAAAAUACCAGGGGGAGGGGUGAAUUGGGGGUCCAAACCCAAACAGAUUGUAACCAAAUCCAUAGUUUGGGCAUUUUUUUUAUGAAAUCUAAAUAGUACAAGCUAAGGUGAAAAGGUGGCCAUUUUGUCUCUAUGUUUGUACAUUGUAUGUACAAUCAUUUCAUAUUCUAAAUACUGGUCAGAAAAAAUAAAAGGAACUAAUUGUGAUUUUUAGUCUUGCAGAAUUAUUGUAUGUAGUUAGAUGAUGUGACAAGCUAAUAUUUAUCUAAUAAAUAUGUAUUCAGAUGAUAUCUGUA